AUGGCAACAACGGCUAUAUUUCUGAGCUUCAUGGCAGUGACGUGCUUAACCUUAACGUGUGCCCAGAACAACGCGACUCAAUCGGAGAUCGAAGCCUUAAUAGCCUUCAAGAUCAACCUUGAAGACCCUCUUGGUUCCUUGGACGGCUGGGAUCCAUCCACGCCAUUCGCUCCCUGUGAUUGGCGCGGCAUUCUCUGUUUCAACAACCGAGUUCGCCAACUUCGCUUGCCUCGUCUUCAACUCAGUGGUCGACUCGCUCCUUCACUCUCCGACCUUCAACAACUUCGCAAGCUAAGUCUUCACUCCAACAACUUCAAUUCCUCUCUCCCUCACUCUCUCUCACAUUGCUCCUUCCUCCGCGCCCUUUACCUUCACAACAACAAACUCUCCGGCAACCUUCCGCCGGCGAUUCUCAACCUCACCAACCUUCAGAUUCUCAACGUCGCUCACAACCUUCUCUCCGGCACCGUCCCCGGUCACCUCUCAAACUCCCUCCGGUUCCUCGAUUUAUCGUCGAAUGCAUUCUCCGGUGACAUUCCGGGGAAUUUCACUUCGAAAUCUCAGCUUCAGCUCAUCAACUUGUCCUACAAUGGCUUCACCGGCGGAAUACCGGUGACAAUAGGAGCAUUGCAAAAUCUGGAGUAUCUUUGGGUAGACUUCAACAAAAUACAAGGGACCUUGCCUUCUGCAAUUGCUAACUGUUCCUCAUUGGUGCAUGUGAGCGCAGAGGGUAAUGCAAUCAGUGGGUUGAUACCUUCCACCAUGGGGAUGAUGCCAAAGCUUCAAGUGCUGUCACUGUCGCUGAAUCAACUUUCUGGUUCGGUCCCCACGUCCUUGUUUUGCAAUGUACAUUCGACUAACAACAACAACACUUGGUCUCUGAGAAUCGUUCAGCUUGGCUUUAAUAAGCUCACGGGCAUUUCCAAGCCGCAAAGUGGGAACUGCGUUAGCAUUUUGGAGUUUUUGGACCUUAAGGAGAAUCACAUUACUCACGCUCCGUUUCCGUCUUGGUUGACCAAUGCGACGUCGUUAAGGGCUCUUGAUCUUUCGGGAAACUCAUUUUCAGGUAUUCUUCCUGUUGAUAUUGGGAAUCUUGUGAGGUUAGAAGAACUGAGAGUGGCAAAUAAUUCAUUAUCCGGUGUGGUCCCCAGUAGCAUUGUGAAUUGCAGGUUGUUGUGGGUUCUUGAUCUUCAGGGUAACCGGUUAUCUGGUCCUAUUCCUUCGUUUCUCGGGCAACUGAGGAACCUAAAGGAGUUAUCUCUUGGUGGUAACCUUUUUACUGGUUCAAUACCAACGAGCUAUGGAACACUUUCUUCCCUGGAGACUCUGAAUUUAAGCAACAAUAAAUUAACAGGGAAUGUGCCCCUUGAGAUCAUGCAAUUAGGCAACGUGAGUGCUUUGAAUCUCAGCAACAACAGAUUUUCGGGCCAAGUUUCAUCUAACAUUGGGAACUUGACAGCUUUGCAGGUUCUUAAUUUGAGUCACUGUGGGUUUUCAGGAAGGAUUCCUGAUACUCUGGGCAAUUUGAUGAAACUAACAGUGUUGGAUUUGAGCAAGCAAAACCUUUCGGGCGAAUUGCCUAUUCAGCUUUUUGGAUUACCAAGCCUGCAAGUUGUGGCACUUGAGGAAAACAAUUUGAGUGGUGCUCUUCCUGAGGGCUUCAGCAGCAUAGUUAGUCUACUGUAUCUUAAUCUCACUUCCAAUGCCUUUGUUGGCCACAUUCCACCAACCUAUGGAUUUCUUAGUUCCUUAAUUGUUCUCUCUUUGUCUCACAAUAGCAUCUCUGGAACAAUACCGCGAGAGAUUGGUGGUUGUUCUCAACUAGAAGUGCUCCAGCUGCAGUCAAAUCGUUUGAAGGGUGAUAUCCCAGAUGAAAUAUCACAAUGUUCCGCUUUGACUUCAAUCGAGUUGGAUGGUAAUCAAUUGACGGGUCAUAUACCAGAAUCCUUGUCUAAAUUAUCAAAGUUGACAGUGUUGAGUCUAUCUUCAAAUCUAUUGACCGGGGAAAUUCCAGUUAACCUUUCACGCAUUCCUGGUUUGAAGCAUUUAAAUCUCUCCAGUAAUAAUCUCGAGGGUGAGAUUCCAGAAAUGCUUGGUUCUCGAUUCAAUGACCCUUCUGUGUUUGGAAAGAACCAGAGGCUAUGCGGAAAACCUUUGCAUAGAGAAUGUGCAAAUGUAAGAAGGCGAAAGAGGAGAAGGCUAAUAAUCUUCAUAGGGGUGGCUGUGGUUGGACUCUGUCUUUUGGCAUUGUGUUGUUGUGGCUAUGUUUACAGCCUCUUCAGGUGGCGCAAUAAGCUUCGAGAAGGGGUAACGGGUGAGAAGAAACGUAGCCCUGCUACAAGUGGUGCAAGCAGAGGGAGUGGGGAAAAUGGGGGCCCAAAACUAGUAAUGUUCAACAACAAGAUCACUUAUGCUGAGACAUUAGAAGCAACCAGAAACUUUGAUGAAGAAAAUGUGUUGAGUAGGGGAAGAUAUGGCCUUGUGUUCAAAGCCUCCUUCAAUGAUGGGAUGGUUCUCUCAAUUCGUCGCCUUUUUGCGGGAUUCAUGAAUGAGGGUACCUUCCGUAAAGAAGCGGAAUCACUUGGCAAAGUGAAGCAUCGUAAUUUAACAGUUUUGCGUGGUUAUUAUGCAGGACCACCUGAUGUAAGGCUUCUUGUUUAUGACUACAUGCCCAAUGGGAACUUAGGGACACUUCUUCAAGAGGCAUCUCAGCAAGAUGGCCAUGUAUUGAAUUGGCCAAUGCGUCAUCUCAUUGCACUAGGCAUUGCUCGAGGUCUAGAAUUCUUGCACUCAGUGCCAAUAGUUCACGGUGACGUGAAGCCUCAGAAUGUUCUCUUUGAUGCAGAUUUUGAAGCCCAUUUGUCAGAAUUUGGGUUGGAACGGUUAACAAUAGCAGCAACCCAAACAGAAGCAUCCUCAUCAUCCACCCCAGUUGGUUCCUUAGGCUAUGUAUCACCAGAAGCUGCAUUAACUGGGCAAGCCACAAAGGAAGCUGAUGUAUACAGCUUUGGGAUUGUAUUGUUGGAGAUACUAACAGGGAGGAAACCAGUGAUGUUCACGGAAGAUGAAGACAUAGUGAAGUGGGUGAAGAGGCAAUUACAAAAGGGUCAAAUUUCAGAGCUGUUAGAGCCUGGUUUGCUUGAGCUUGAUCCAGAGUCAUCAGAAUGGGAAGAGUUUUUGUUAGGUAUCAAAGUAGGUCUUUUAUGCACAGCACCUGAUCCUCUUGAUCGACCAUCUAUGACUGAUGUUGUUUUCAUGCUACAAGGUUGCCGGGUCGGACCGGAGAUCCCAUCCUCAGCUGAUCCCACAACACUACCUUCCCCUGCUUGA